ACGGAAAUACUGCGGUGGGCGGUGUCAGACGUCAACGGAAACGGAAGUGAAUGAAUGAAACGAUGGCGAUAGGUAACCUGUAACGUCUCCGUGCAACUGGGACGAGGUCAGAGUGAGUUUAGUUUUCACACUUUGUGGCUAUUUUGUCCAAACUACGUCUUUAACAACUGCCUUCAACGAGUACAUUACGUGCUGACGUUAGAAAGAAUACACAUUAGCCUGACGGUGACUAUUAUAACUGCUGUAACGGUGACGUUUGUAAGCACCUCAGCUGGAAGUACCGCUGGAUAACUGUAAGCCUGUACGCCCUCCCAGACCCCCCUACCUUUGACACACAAUGAGACAGUUUAGCCUCGCUCUCCUCCGCCACAUCUCCUCAUCCACUGCCCCCGCACUCACCGGGACGUGCCGCCUUCACAGUUGGCACUGCUUCACUGCUUCACGCCCUCAGUACCGGAGCAUCGUCCCGCCUCACAGCUGCCAGCACACACGGACUGAAAGCGCAGCAGCCAGCCAGCACAUACAGGACCUGAGUGGGCCUGAGCAGAGACUGCUGAAUAAACUUUAUGACGGGCUGAUCGGAGGACAGCGGGCGUCUUUGGCAGAGUGCAUCACUUUGGUGGAGACCCAGCAUCCCAGAAAGAAAGAGCUGGCCCAGGUGCUGCUGCAGAGGGUCCUGGCUUACAGGAGGGAGCAGGAGAGCCGCAAUGGAGGGAAGCCAGUGGCCUUCAGAGUAGGUCUGUCUGGACCCCCCGGAGCAGGAAAGUCCUCCUUCAUCGAGGUGGUGGGGAAGAUGCUUACAGGACGUGGACAUAAAGUUGCAGUGCUGGCUGUCGACCCAUCCUCCUGCACCACUGGGGGGUCUCUGAUGGGCGAUAAGACUCGUAUGACUGAGCUCUCAAGAGACAUGAACGCCUUCAUCAGGCCAUCGCCGACCUCGGGAACACUCGGAGGUGUCACCAGAACAACCAACGAGGCCAUUGUUCUCUGCGAGGGAGCAGGUUACGACAUCGUCCUUGUGGAGACUGUAGGAGUCGGCCAGUCAGAGUUCGCAGUGGCAGACAUGGUUGACAUGUUUGUGUUGCUGAUUCCACCAGCAGGGGGCGAUGAACUCCAGGGCAUCAAGAGGGGCAUAAUCGAAAGGGCCGAGUUGGUCGUGGUGACAAAGUCAGACGGAGACCUGGUGGUGCCGGCCAGGAGGAUCCAGGCUGAAUACACCAGCGCACUCAAACUGCUCAGGAGACAGUCCAAAUCCUGGAACCCUAAGGUGGUGCGGGCUUCCUCGCAAACCUUCGAGGGCAUCCCAGAGGUCUGGGCCAAGAUGGAGGCAUACCGGGAGGCCGCGCUGGCCAGCGGUGAGCUGCAGGGCAGGCGGACGGCCCAGCAGAAGGUGUGGAUGUGGAGUCUGAUCCAGGAGAGCGUCCUGUGCCAUUUCCAAAAUCACCCCGGUGUCAGAGAAGCUCUACCCCACCUCGAGGAGAGGGUCACCAAAGGAGCCAUCUCUCCAGGACUGGCUGCUGACCUGCUUCUCAGAGCCUUUUCUUCAUCCUCUUCAUCACAGUAAUCACUGGGACUGCACUGUCAGAUAAGGAACAGAUCACUCACUGAAAAGGAGAGCGAGAAAAUGACCUUGGCUCUGCGGUUUGCACAAAAAGACUCGAUCUCUGCUCUUUUAACACACGAUUUAAAAAUUUAAAUACGUGAGUGUCACCCCCCGUCUACAGAGGCUUCGCUUUCUGAUUGCUUUCAUCCAAGUCACAAGAGCAGGAAGAGCGCUGAAAGUCGUCAUUUCUCGUCAGCGGCUCCGAGACGCACUCGCGUUUGGCAAAAAUGAGAUGCGUUGAGAGUCCGAGAUGUGAAACGCGGAAGCGACCGUCUCUUUUGGACACUACGGACAAGUUUUAACGAGAUCAGUGAAGGAGGAUUCAAAGGUCGUGUGGUUGCAGUUGAAGAAUAGUUUGAGCGGUAUCUUUCACUAUCAUGAACGGCGUGUUACAGUAAAGCUGUGGCUCGUUCCUCACGAUCAGUAAUAUCAGUAAUAACAGCCUAUUUGCGAGCCACAAAGCGUCAAUGAAAGGAUCGGGCUUGGGUAGAAUCGAUUUAGUUGGAGCUCCGUGUUUCUGCUGCUGAACUACUGAAGAUGUUGCUCUAAUAACAGGUUUUCCUCAGGAAAGCGUCGAGGCUUUGAAUCUGUGUUUUUCUGUUUUUUGUUUGUUUUUUAAUCCACUGUUUGGUUUCUAUUAAAGAACAAUUUGAAUCUUAAGUGGACAAGUGAAUUACAUUAAAUCUGCCGGCGCAGUUGGCCGAGCUCUUCUA